GCUGCACCACCAGGCGGGAGGAGCCUGGAACUGCUGGGCCAAGGCGGUUGGCGGCAGAAGCUGCCGCUCACCUGCGUUCCUUCUCCGUCCCGCUCCCCGCGGGCGGAUAUCACGGAGUCUCGCCCACGCCUCUGAACCGUGGCUCAGGCAUCGCUGUGUCGGGAUGAACCGGGUUUCUCCAUGGAGACCAAACGGGUCGAGAUCCCCAGCAGCGUCUUGGAUGACCUGUGCAGCCGGUUUAUUUUGCAUAUUCCAAGUGAAGAGAGAGACAAUGCAAUCAGAGUGUGCUUUCAAAUUGAACUUGCCCAUUGGUUUUACUUGGAUUUCUACAUGCAAAACACACCAGGAUUACCUCAGUGUGGGAUAAGAGACUUUGCAAAAGCUGUGUUCAAUCACUGCCCUUUCUUACUGCCUCAAGGUGAAGACGUGCACAAAGUUUUAGAUGAGUGGAAGGAAUACAAAAUGGGAGUGCCAACCUAUGGUGCAAUUAUUCUCGAUGAAACACUUGAAAAUGUUCUUCUCGUUCAGGGCUAUUUAGCAAAGUCUGGUUGGGGAUUUCCAAAAGGGAAAGUAAAUAAAGAAGAGGCUCCUCAUGACUGUGCUGCUAGAGAGGUGUUUGAAGAAACUGGGUUUGACAUAAAAGAUUAUAUCUGCAAAGAAGAUUACAUUGAGCUGCGAAUUAACGAUCAGUUAGCACGCCUGUACAUCAUUCCAGGAGUUCCCAAGAACACAAAAUUCAAUCCCAAAACCAGAAGGGAAAUUCGGAAUAUUGAGUGGUUUUCUAUUGACAAGUUACCAUGCCACAGAAAUGACAUGACCCCAAGGUCCAAGCUGGGUUUGGCACCUAACAAAUUUUUUAUGGCAAUUCCCUUCAUCAGGCCAUUGAGGGAAUGGAUUUCCCGAAGGAAUGGAGAUUCCUCGGAUAGUGACAAUGGAUUUUCAUCUACAGGAAGCACACCCUGUAAGCCCAACUUAGAAAAAGCUAGAUCAAAACUUCGCUGUAGUCAGCAAGUGUUUACAGAUGGCUUCUCAGGAGAACAGUGGGUGAAGCCAAAACAGCCACAGAAGCCAUAUAGCCAUACUGAGAUGUCUGAAGUUUUGAAAAUAAAGAGUCAGAGCUUGAGGAGCAAUGGCAGAAAGCAGUAUCAAGACACUUCCAGCCAGAAGAAGCGAACAAAUGGAGUCCACAGUCAACCAGUUAAGCAAAACCAUACUUUGAAAUGUGAAAAAAGGCUUAAUCCAAGAAGACUUCAAGAUAACUUUGAAACAGCAGAUGCAGCCUAUGAGAUGUGUUGCUCCAGUGAAGACACACUGCCAGAACACAUAGAGGGACACUCUGUGGGAUGCAGUGGCCUUUACAAAUUUGCUUGCUCAUCAAGAGCUUUCUUGAGUUUCAAGUUUGACCAUGAUGCCAUAAUGAAAAGUUUUGACUUCUGACAGCAAACUUAGUAGGAACAAAAAUCAAACUUACUGUUGCAGCUGAGGGGGUUUUUUAUUCAGCCUUACUCUUGCUCAGGAGUUUUUUAUUUGUUUGUUUUCAGAAGAAGUGCAGGGACUGACCAGAUGUUGUGGAAGGGCUUUGUCUCUGCAGUAUGGGAGUGACAUAGUCAAGUAUUGCACUUUAAAUGCAGUGUAGCCUUUGUCCACAAUAGUACCUUUCUAGCGUUCAGUUCCUAUCCAUACAUUAGAGGGCAUUUAAUUUUUUUUUUUACUUGCUGUGUGUUCUGUAGAAUGACCUUGACAUUUAAAAAAAAAAAAAGUUGCCAGCUUACUAAGUGUUUUAACUUCUCUGAUGUAAAUUAUUGGACUUGAUGAGUAGUGUAAUAUUAUGGUAGCGGCACUGAAACUGAUAUUCAGAGGGCUCCUCUGUCCUAAUGAUUUUGAAACCAAGUUGCACAUUUCAAACCUAGUUUCAGCCUGUCAUUCCUUCUGUCAUGACUGCCUGUUUAAAACACUUCCCCUCCUUCACACUGAUAGCUUGUUGGCUGGUGAUCAGCAGUACUUGGAGUCAAAUCUAUACAGCAUGUUGACUUCUUGCACCUACUCUUUCUCAUAUCAGAAAGGAUAGAAAAAUGGAGUAGAAUUUAGUAAUUUGAAGUAUAAAGCUUCCCCUCUUGGGUGCUGUCCCCAGUUGAGUAAGAAAAAGCUGUAAAACAUUGUGUUAUCCCUGUUGCAGCUGCUUUCAGAAAACAAAAGUUUAAGGCUCAUCUGUGGGAGGUUAAUCAUGUAGAUUUUAUACUGAAUGUAAAUAAACAUCUAGAUCUCAGUGAGGAGGAAGGUAGAUGCAUGGAUAAUAGAAUCAUUGUGUGACACUAAGUGGCUUAAUCUGGUUUAUAAUGACUAUUCUAAGGGUGUGCAGUAUUGUGUUCUGUGCUGUUGUCUUCAGAUCUUGUGUAGCAUAUGCUCUGUAUAUGUCCAGUAAUAUUGAAUCGCACUUGCAGUUAGCAUUUAAAUGACAUAGCCUCAGUUGUUGUCAGCUGUAAUGCUUUCUUAAUAAAAAUAUUUUUAAAUUGCCGUGGGGGGGAACAUAAAAACAUAGAGUUGAGGUGAUGAACUGUUGUCUUUAUAUUCAGCUUAAGGGAUUUUGGACAUGUGCUUUGCACUGAAAUAACUUUGCAGCAGCUUGUGGUAGCAAGCAUGUUGUUUCAGAUUUCAAAAUGGACAUUAAAAUAAAGGUGAGUAAUUGGGUAAUCUGAUAGGCUGAACGAACUAUGCCUUUGUCUCAUUGCAGUGUAUGCUUAUGCACUGAGUCUUUAUGCAACUUAGAUGUCAUCCAAAAGCAAAAUCCUGGUCUUCCUUCAAGCACCCUACUUCAUUUACCUUUUGUAAUCUGUUAAUCUUGUCCUAUUUCUUAGAAAUAGUUUUAAAGCUAUCUGAUUUAUUUACUUGCCUGACAUCUGGCAAAGUGGGACUCUAAUGCUGUAGCAGUCUUGGUGAUAGGGAUGCUGGACUUCUGUAUCAGUCAACAGGACAAACAAAGGGCAUCACUUCCUCUUUCUGGAGGACAAGAGCCCAGAGUGGCCUUGUUUCUCAAGACCAAAUAGUGAAAUAGUGUGAUCUAAUGGGUUCUUGUGGGUUUUUUUUUGUUUUGUGUUUGUUUGUUUGUUAAUUCUUAAACCUAGCCAACCAAUAAACUGUACUCAGAUGCUGUUCAAAAUAGUAAAUAGUGAAGAACAGUAAUUUCAAAGGUGAGAUAAUGAUAGAGGGUGUUGCUUCAUGCAGCUUCAGGUGAAAACUAAUCUUUAGUUACUUCUUUAGUGCUAGUAGUUGAUUUUCCAGCAAAAAUGCCUUUACUCAAUGAUGAGGCAUUGUUUUAUGUACAUAUUCCAUGGUUGCUACAGCCUGUGGAAUUACCUAAUCAUGCCUUGUGAGUUAUCAAGCUGUGGAAGUCUUUAAUAAGUUAAGUUGAUUUUUUUGACAAAUUACUAUUCUAUUUCAAUUAGUGCUCUGUUAAAUAAGGGGUAUGCUGAUGAAACAGAACUUGGAGCUUCUGUUAAGUGGGAAGUUGUGCCCCAGACAGAGGAAGUCCUUUUAACAAAGCAUAUGUGUCUUUUGAAUAGGUGAUCCUAGCUGUGCUCUGUAUUGACUGAAUCAGGCUUUUAGUGAAAGGUUAGUUCAAUGUAAGAGGUAAUUGGUUGCUUCAUUAAGCAGCUCGAAGUGAAUCUUACACAUAUGUCAUGAUUUUAGUAAAUCUAGCCUUAACACGAGUUGCAAAUGUGAUAAAUAUGCAAUAACUAACACUUCUUUGUAUAAGGGUACUGUUUGUUGCAGUAGCAUUUAUUUUUGUUUUCUCAGUGAGAUCUCUAAAACCAUGUUAAGUGUAGUGGCAUAUGAUCUACCUUAUGGGUUCCAUCAUGCCCUGCACUGUGAACAUUUUUUUAUGGUUUACUAUUGUUUAUAUGUCUUAGCCAUUCUUUUAUAAUUAAGUGUAUUUCUGAGUUCAAAACUACAGUUGACACUAUCUUCGGUAGUCGAGUGAAGAAAUAACAAAGAGAUGUAGAAUUUGAGCCUUUAUUUUAUGGGAGCUAGACAACAAACUCAAGAGCUGAUGCUGAGGUACUUGAAAAACAAACAGUACUCAAUUGGGGAAUGCUUGCCUAUAAAGGUCGUUCUUCAAUUUCAAGAACACUGAAGUCAUGGAAUAAACUUUUAAUAAAAAAACAAACCACAAACUAUGAAUGUGUGCAUGCUGGGAAUCUGAUAUGUGAGAUUUUUAGUACUGUAUUCGCAGAAUGUUCUAAACUUUCAACUCAGUCUGGGAAGAGAGCUGACUAACUGAAUGAUGUGUGUUCUAUGCUGAAAUGCUAUUAACUUCAUCUCCUUGAUGUACACAUGCACUUUUGAAAGUAGCAUGUCUUACUUAGGUUGUAGUCUAGAAGCAGUGGUAAUGGGAAAAAGAGGGAAAAUAGCUUUAUUUAUUGCAUAAUCAAAAGUAUUUUUUUACACAAAUUCUUCAGACCACACUUGCAUAAAUAAUUUCUAAUAAAUGUACAGGCUGUUUCCAGGCUUCUGCGCUGUGCUCCAACUUAUAAUUGAAUUUGGUCGUUGAAGGAAAAUACUAACCAUACUUUACCCACAUAUCGCUAUUAGAACAGUUCAUUUUAAAAACAAGACAGGUUUCAGGUCUGCUUGUUUGUAACAGGCUUGCUCUCAGAGUGUCAGAUAAAUUAUUUUUUCCAUGUUUUGCUUACUGUAGUACAGUUGCUUUAGUUGAUUUGCAGUUAAUAGCUGCACUCGUCAUUCUGGUACAAAAAGCAAGACUAAGAAUCCAAACCCUUAACAGUCUGUGGUACAAAGCAGUAGUGCUGCUCCAUAGGUGACUGACAGCCCAUUUGUUGGGCUUUGUUUUAUUUUUCAGAGGUAAAAUUAGACCUUAAUAUUUUGCAAUAGGACAUUAACUAUGCUCUAUAAAUGUGUUAGCUCAACUCAUUAAGAAGUGUUAAAGAAAGAGGCUAUUAUAAUUUAAAAUCAGUUUACUUGCAGAAAAUAAGUUUUGCACUGCUAAAUAAUCUGCUGCUUAUAUGUUAAUUUUUUUAUCACCAUUUUUCAGCUUUUCAGGCAACAAAAAUAUUUAUUACAGUAAAUUUCUACAAACUAAUGGAAGGUGCUCUUACAGUAAGUUAGGUGUAUAAUCCCACUUUGCACAGUGGAAUGCAUUUAGUGUAGUUUAAGAAUGAAAGUAGGCUAAAUGCUAGUAUUUGCACUGUUCUUAAUCCUGUACAUAAGAACUGGUAGAUGCAGUAGGAUUUGUGCUAUGUGUGCAUUUCUUUGUUUCAAAUAGAUUGUGAACUGCCAAGGAAAACAAAUUACAUUGGCAAUAGUCAAGGUCAUGGAAGAGGAUGUAUUCUGGAUUAGUAGUAGUACAUUGAAAUGUUUUAACGUUUCUUAGUUGAAAAUGUUAUAUUAAGCUCACCUUAACUUACUGUGUAGUAGAUUUGUCUUCACAGAAACCCUUACCUUUAAAUAAUUCUUAGCUCUGAAGUACUUCUGGAAAGUAGAAGUGUCUUCAAUUCCCCCUUCAAUCCUUGCAGGUUAAAAAGAAGUUUUUAACUUAUCAAAAUCAAAAUAAGUUUUUAACUUAUCAAAAUCAAAACUUAACAGGAUACAGACUCUUUAAGCUGUAAUAAGCCCACUAUGAUGUUAACUGAAAAUGCUAUUUUGCCAUUGUUAAUCAUUUCUGCUAGAAGAACUAGUUUCCAGCUUCCUUUAUGAAGUACAGUUCCAGGCAUUUAAGAAAAUAGUAUUACAGUUUAUGCAGCAUUAAUUAUUUUAAAACAAGGCCUUUACAUGGUUUUCAGAAUAUAGAUCCUGCAAAAUUGGUUCUCUGCAACACACUGUUGAACACUGAGGAAAAACUGAGCAAAUUUUUAAAGUCAUGUUUGAGCAAAGUUACUAAGCUAGAGACCUGAACCAUUUAUAUUUUACAGAUUGAGUAAGCUUUUUUUUUUUUUUUUUGGCCUUUUUUAAAGGCAGAAAAGAAAUAAGGUAAACUAAAGGAUUAAGAGCUUUCAGCAAAUACUUCAGAAGCCUAUACUUAACAAAAUUACUUAAGGCUCCUGUUUUAUGUUUGCAGGGCACUGCAGUAUAUGGAAGCUGUACUUCAGCCCUUAAGAGCAGUUUAGCUGGGUUUGCAAGCCACUUCAAAAAGCAAAAUAGACUCCACAAAAGAAAGUGGUGUUUUAUUCAUUAUUUUUUGGCAUUAUGGUAGAUUGCUGUACAUGUUGCGGGACCCAGGCUGACUCAGGUAUUGCUGCCCAAAGAGAAAACUUCUGUGUAGUGUUGCAUGCCUGGCAGAAACUAAGGAGUCAGUGUUGAUUAUAUGGCUCAUACAUGAAGAGUGUUGUCUUCUCCUGUUUAAAGUUCAGGAACCUGAUGUGUUUUCCACACUGCUAUGUAAGUCACAUAUCAAUGAUAAUUAAAUGGAAAGUACGUACAGGUAAUAGGGUUAAAGCCAUGUAGAGUUACAGAUUUAUUGAAUUUCCAUGAUGUUAUCUUGAAAGUAUGCAUUACUCAACUCUUCAGUUUUAGUAAAUAAAAUUGAUUUACUACCUGCA